CAUAAAUAUUUUUAAAAAUGUAAGGCCAUGAAGAUAUUACCAAAGUUUAUACAUUUGAAAAAACAUUAGGAGAGUAAGUUAUGAAUCUUAAUAAUUUAGAGGUGCCUUUGGUGUUGUAAAGAGAGCUAAAAAGAAGUCAAAUGGAGAAAUGUAUGCCGUAAAAAUCAUCAAUAAGUAUUUUAUUAAAGUAAUUAUCAAUUAGAGACAAUUUAUCAAAUGAAGACUUAUAAGCUUUACAAACUGAAGUAGAGAUUUUGACUUAAGUAUGAUAUAUAAUAUUUAUAUAUAGAUUGAUCAUCCAAAUGUUGUUAAACUUUAUGAAAUUUAUGAAGAUGACACCAAUUUUUAUAUGGUUUUAGAAUUGAUGACAGGUGGUGAAGUAAAAAUAUGAAAUUAAAAAUUAUAAGCUUUUUGAAAGAAUAGUGGAAAAAGAUCAUUAUAGUGAAAAAGAGGCUGCUGCUACAUUAAGACCAAUAAUUGAUGCUCUUUCUUAUUGUCAUAAGAUGGGGAUAGCACAUAGAGAUCUAAAACCAGAAAAUCUUCUAUAUUCAAGCAAAGACCCUGGUGCAUUAUUAAAGGUAAGUGAUUUUGGACUUGCUCGUUUUAUUGCUAAUGAUGAAGUUAUGAUGACUUAAUGUGGUACUCCUGGAUAUGUUGCUCCUGAGAUUCUUUCAGGACAUGGAUAUUCUGAAGCAAUUGACUUUUGGUCAGUUGGUGUCAUACUAUAUAUCAUGUAUAUUUAUAUCUAAAUAUUUUAUAGGUUAUGUGGAUUUCCACCUUUUUAUGAUGAAGAUAAUGACAAACUAUUUAAAAUCAUCAAAACAGGAUAGUUCUCUUUCCCAUCACCUUAUUGGGAUAGCAUUAGUAAUGAAGGUAAGAAUUUUUUAAACUUAUUAUUAAAGCUAAGGAUCUUAUAAAAGGUCUUUUAACUGUUGAUCCAACUAAAAGAUAUGGAACUGAAAAGAUUCUUAAACAUCCAUGGUUAGUAAAUAAUACAGCAAAAUCAAUUCCAAACAUUUAAAAUAAAAUGAAAGAAUUUUAUGGAAGUGCAACAAUGAAGGUAGAUUUUUAUAUAAUCAUUAUAGAAAAUGGGUAAUUUUGUUAAGUUAGCACAAAGAUGGGGUAAAUUAUCAUAAAUAAAAAAGAAAUGAUUAUUAAUAUAUCAUCAAAAUAAU